AUGGUAGAGCUGUCGUUCCUCGUACGCUUAGUACUGACACUCCUUCUCUUAGCGUUGUCAGUCUUUGCGUACAAUUGGCUAUCAGCACCAUCCGUGCCCUCACCCCCGCUAUCUGUUAAACGUUCAAAGAAACGCAGUAAAAAGAAGGCAGCCAAGCAAUCCACUUCUCAGUCACCGUCUAAUUUAUCACCAGAAAAGCCUCAGACGUCUGUGGCUUCGACCGAGCUUCCUCUUUCACUUUCAACAGCAGGUGGCGAAGAUCAUGAUGAUAGUGACACUGAUUCGGACAAUGGACUCUCGGUUGCCCAAGUGCUGGCUACACGAAAGUUUAAACCCAAGAAUCUUGGCGGUGGACCUCAUUGGUAUCCAGCUACGGUAUCGGAGCAACGUAAGGGCAACGAGUAUCAUUUAAAAUACGACGAUGGGGAAGUGGAAUAUCGAGUGCCAGCGGAGUACAUCAAGCUUCGACCGACAAAGGCUGACGAAAGUAUUAAGGACAUCGACGAUACUUCUACUGUUGUUGAGUCCAAAACGAUAGAAGGAAAAGUUGAACUGCACGAAGCAUCGUCAAGCUCAAACUUAAGCGAAUCAGAUGAUGACGACGGCUGGCAAGUGGUAGGGACAUCCGCUGCUGCUAAACGUCAGCGACGUCUUAUGGGAUCUGCUACUCCAGCAGAGCCGUUGAUUGACGGUUUGACCAAGCGUCAGCGUGAAAAUCGUCGCAAAACAGAGCGACAGCGUGAGAAGAAGGAUCUUUUGCGUCAGCAUGCCCAGAAGGACGAUCUGGACGCUCGCGCACGUUGGCGUUACGUGCCUUCAUAG